UUCUGCACACCUCGUUGGAGUUUACUUAUUGGCCCAGCAACCAACAAGUGUAGCUCACAACUUCCAUCUCUGAAGAAAAAGAAGAGAAAGGAUACCAUUACAGGGAAGAAGAUGGCAUUGCUAAGUGUCAGCUCAUCUCAUCAUGCCAUCCAUCCAGGUAGUAGCAGGAGCAUGCAGUGCAUCUGCACCAGGGUGACACCAUCCAGAUCAGUGGGAGAAAUAUCAAGAUCAAGAUCAAGAAAUGAUCUUCCUCUGGGUGUUUCACCGUCGUCGAGGAUGCUCACGACAUGUACUCUCAAGACUCCUUCCUAUGGCAACAAGUCGAAGUCGAAGGAGAAGAUCAAUCCGAGAGACAUGUUCACCUUCUCCUACAGAUUCAACACUGACAUCCCCAUGACCGAGACUCCAGGGGCAUCCAUCGAUGAGUACCUUCAGAACAGGCCCAGGAUUGUUGGAGCCGUGUUCCCUGAUAAGCGCAAGAGAACCAAGCUCAGUGAUGAAGAAUGGAGCGUGCAGCUUCUGCCGAUCCAGUUCCUGUUCCUGUCGGCGUCGCCGGUGAUCGUGAUGCGGUUCGUAAGCAAAUCCGGCGGCAAGGAGUACCCGCCGCACGUCCCCGUCAAGGCAACCAGCCUCCUGCUCAUGGAAGUGACGGACUACAAGCUGGACGGGCUGGACAGCAACGCGAUGCCGUCGCACCUCGCCCUGACCGUCCGCGGGUCGCUGUACCCGCGGCCGGAGGGGAGGAAGAGCCUGAGGGGCCACGUCGAGAUGAGCGUCGGCUUCAACCUGCCGCCGGUGCUCGCGCUGGUGCCGGAGGGCGUCAUCAGAGGCGUCGGCGAGACGGUGAGCAUUUUUCAGCACCUUCGCUGCUUUUGUGCAAGCAGAAAGAGAUGGUAUCAUGGAAACUGGAAAGAUCCUCUACACGACUCUGUCCUCUGAUUUUGAGUGACUGGUAUAUGGGUCCCACAUUUCCAAAAGGCCCGCAUGUGCUGAGGCAGCUAGCACUGCAGAUGAAGCAGGAUUUCGACAAUGGCCUGGCAGCCGAUUUCAAGAGGUACAGGAGGGAGAAGCUAACUGAAAAGAAGACUACACCCUGAAAGUUUUUUCAAGCAUUUCAUUUCAAAAAUAGAAGAUCUUUUCCAAGCAUUCACUGCCAGUAGUAAUAGAGAUGGCAGUCACUACACCAAAUUGUUUGGAGCUCAUCUGAUCAUCAGCAAUUCAGCAUGAUGGCAACAUAAUUGUAUUGUUCAUCAAGCCUCAAGAAAAGAUGGAGAGAAUAACUUAACAGAUCUCAUUUAUUCAUUGUAAACUGAAGCAUUUAGAAUGUACAUAAUGGCAAGAAUAAUCAAUUUACUGAGAUUGUUAA